CCCUGAAACCCGUCACAGUGCAGUGGAACUGUGUAGGAAUAUGAAUGCUGCUGAUAAAAUUCAUGAAGUACAGCGUGCCCUUCACAGGGCUAAGCUAAAAAUAACUAGAUUAAAAGGAGAGCUUGUGGAGAAGGAAGAUUCCUUCAAAAAUGAAGUGGAGCUCAGAACUGUUGCAGAGAAGCAAAUUAAAGAAUAAGAACUACUAGUUGAUAUGUACAAAGCUAAUCCCAAAGUAAAUGAGGAACUGAAGGAAAGAUUGCCUGCCACAAAGAAGCACCAUUGUAAAGACAUAGAAAAACAAUCCAAUAAGCUUGAGACCAGUUUCCAAAAGUUGGAGGUGAUCUCUAAACUACUGCCAGAGCAAACAAAAUCCGGAGCAGAAAUGGAGAAUUUGCUCAAAGAGAGGAAGCAUUUUCACAGCUUCGUUGAAAAAGAAGAUAGAGUUGGGUUGGAAGACUUGGAAAGUACAGCGGGCAAAGGCAAAAUGCCUCAGGACAGAAGAAUAGAAACAAUAGAAAAACCCCACUGUGGGACUGGUACUGACAAACGUGGGGGUGCGGAUCAAAGCCACAUAAUUCAGGAACAGGCCAGUAAAGAGGGUUCAGAACCUCAGACUUCUCACUCCAGUGAAACACUUGAAAUCAAGAACAAGAACAAAACUGUCAGUAGCAUUGCUAGACCACGCAGGACUGUCUCUUCUCAUGAGCUCAGAAUACUUCAUACUGGCUCUCAAACCCAGAAGGAAGCUGCUGCUGCUGUUGAUGUACAUGAAAAUCAAGGUAACACCCUGACUAGUGGUUCCUUAUCCCCUGUAAAAGCAACUGCUAUCCUAGAUAAGGACAAGAAUAUAGCUUUCCUCUUGAAAGAGUUGGACUCCAUGAGAGAUAUCAAUAAGAAGGUAUGUAUGUUUUUUAUUUUUUUUAAAUAUAUAAGUUAGUAAAAACUCAGCACGCUCUAUAUUUACUAUUAGGUUUAAUUUAAAAAAAUGUCACGCUUUAUAUUACAUUUUUAAACUUUAUAAUCAAAUUAUAAAUCCUGACAUAACUAUAGUGCUAUAACUAGAACUGUAAGUAGAAGUUUAAAUAUUGUUUGUGCUCUAUUAGGGUAUUUUUAACAUGCUGUGAUUUUCCUGUUUCCUCUUUUGGGGGCGCUAUGCACAUCCUCCCCUGCAGUAAGAGCCUGGCAUUGAAAAAGAUGUGUUGUGGUAAUCCCCCUGCAUUUCCUGUCUGAUCGGUUAGUGGGAAGCCCUGUGGUGCAAAGGCUUAAUAGAAACUUGCCAUAUCACUGGGAGGGGGCAUCACAUCCUAACCCAGCAGGCAGUGGUAGGAUGACAACCUGUCACCUACUGAUCCAGCAGGUCAAUACGCUGCUGUGCUAGAGAUCGUACUGUUUGACUGCAUUAUAUAAAAGGGAUAACUUCAGUGUGCAAUCUGUGACAAGUAUUUGUGAUAUUGUGGCCACUCAAUAUGAGAAGACUUGGAGUAGACAAAGUAAUAUCUUCUGCCUGCUCCAUUUCCAUGUUUUUGUAGAACACUUCAGA